AUGCCUUCUUCAGUAUCUAUCCCAUCGUCUCAAAUUCAAAUAACUCAUAUUUCACCACAGAAAUCCACAUCAGAAUCUGAUUUACCUUUACCCCCCUUUUCCCAAAAUGGUUUCUUACAAGACACUCACCAGCUCACGUCUCCAGAGCUUUCUGAAGACAACUCUGAUCUCGACCAGAAUUCAGACUCCAAACUAAACUCUGUCCAUCUUCCCAGCGAAAUCAUGGUUAACAUUUUUUCUUGGCUCGAUCUUCGCUCUUUGGAUGCUGCAGGCCUCGUAUGCAAGCGUUGGUAUCGCAUAACAUCCGAUGAGUCAGUCUGGCGUGCUGCUUUUAAAAAUACUUUUGAAGGCCACGAAAAUUUUUCCCGCAUCACUUCUAGUGUUUCUUGGAAAACAGAGUUUAUUGAACGUACCAGUGCCCUUAAACGAUGGAAAAAGGCCUCUGGAUCUAGAAAUAUUUCUUUUAAAGUCCCCCUCCAGGACCUGACAAGAAUUGCCGUGGACUUUAUUGGUAUGAGAAUCAUCUCCUUUUCACUAAUGAAUGAACGCGGUGUUGCUGUCGAUUUGAGCAAUGCUCGUGUAGGGUUCCCCUAUAUUCGCACAAGCAGAUUAGGAAAUGACAAUGAAGACAUUUCAGGUAUUCCUGAUGUCUCCAAAUUCGGAAUGGUUUUUCCAUUUACUAAUGGAAGAGUCACAACUGUUGCCUUUUCUCGUGGUGUUUCAGGCCGUGAAUUUAAGCGUUUCCCUGUGACUCAUGAAAUGGCAGCAGUUACUUCUGCUUGGACCAGCAAAACUAUUUCUCCCAAGACUCCAAAUGCAAUCACUUGUGUGACUGGUGAUUCAAGAGGUUCCGUUAAGGCUUGGAACUUUCUCACGGGCGAAGAAUUAUUUAAGUUUACUCUUCCAUCUUGGGAAGAAGAGCCUGCUCAAACAAGCAGAAAUACUGGUUAUAUGCCCUUUGGAGAUCUUACACCUGUUGUCCAUAUUGAUUCCGAUAGUGAAAAAUCAAUUGUUGUUUGUGAUAAUGGUGGUCGUAUUUUCCAUUACCGCAGAGAUACUAAGGAUCUUACAUUUAUUGGAACAACCCCAAUCAACAUGGAAUCUGAAAUGCAUCUUCGCAAUGGUUACUUCACUGUGGACUUUACUGCCGGUUAUAUUCUUUCACAUGAAAAUGAUCAUAUUGUUCGCUAUAGACUUGAAAAACAGACUGCAUCUUCUGAAGCUAAUGUUGUCAAACUUGUCACUGGAAAUAUCACUCUGGACAAGCACAUGCUUGGUCCAUUUAACUUGGAUGAAUCCUUGUACACUGGUAUUGCUACUUCGACCACGCCUAAGCUGCUUCCAGGCCAUGGAUCAAGAUUUCUUGCUUCUUUCACUGCUGACAAUCAAGUUCAUGUAUGGGAUAUGCGCCAGCCAGCCAAGUCUAGUAACGAUUCCAUCCCUGAGAUUCGUCCUCUUUAUUCUAUUGAAAAUCCAUUUUCAAAACAAGCUGAGGUCACUGGUGUUGCAAUCAAUUCACUUGUAUUGGCGAUUUGUUCCAGUAGUGCUAAUGUCAUGAUUCAUAAUGCCCUAACAGGUAAACGCAUUCGACUUGCUACUUCUAGAUUCCCCAAAAAGAUUUUGGAUUUCAGCAGCAUGGGUGAUAGUCCUGCUUACCAGGUUGUUUUAGAUCCCGAUGCUACAAAAUGUCAUGGUGUGUUGGCUAUCAAUAAUGCAGUUCAGUACUUUAGUUAUGGUGUUACCACUACUGGUCAAAUGACCAAGUCCAAAGGUGUUAAGAAGCGCAUGGCUGGUCACCGUACUGGAGCAGCGCCUGCUGGUCCUCGUAAUGAAGACUUGCUCAAGGACAUGGAAGACGAAUACCAGAUUGCUAAGGAAAUUGUUAAACGCCAACAAAAUGAGGAGCGUCGGCGUAAUAGCGCAAGUCGUGCUAGUCGUGAUAGCAAUCCAGAGACUGCCUUUUUGGAUGAGAUGACAGAGGAAGAACAACUCAAGUAUGCUCUAAUGAUUAGUCAAGACGCUACUGGUUCUUCAUCUAGCACGCCUUCUGGGUCAGGCUGUGCUAUUAUUGACGAAGAAGAAGAAGAAGAAGAAGAAGAUGAUGAUGAUCUCAAGGCUGCCAUUGAAUUGUCUUUAAAGGGUGUUGAAAAUACAGACAACUCUGUUGAAAGUCACGACAAAGACUACGAUGAUUACGAUGAAGAUAUUUAUUACAAGGAGUCUGGGUCUUCAGGUCGUCAGUCAUUUUCAGAAAGUUCUUUGACAAAUGGUGAUGGAGGAUUUUUUCAUGAUACUAUAGAGGAAGAAGAUAUUGAUGAAGACUUGGCUUUAGCUUUGCGAUUGUCACUUAUGGAACAAUAG